GUUCUCCACAUUGGUAACAUGGCUCCCAGAGGGAUGAUCGCCGUGACAACUGUUCUCCUCUGCUUCAUACUGGGCCUGCUCGGUCCGACUCCAGCUGCCCUGGGUUCCCAUAUGGGCAAAGCCUGUUGUACGAGAUACAAUAGAAAGCCAGUACCCUUCCAGCGUAUAAAGGGCUACAGAGAACAAACCACCAAGGAGAACUGCCACAUCGAGGCCAUCAUUUUCUACACUGUUAAGAAGAAUGAGGUAUGUGCUACACGGAGGGAUGAGUGGGUGAGGAAAACUCUGGAACAACUCAGUUCCAAACUAAGGAAGAUGUCCAGGACCGACUCUGCUGCAGGUGAGAGCAACAGAGAAGCAGAUGGACCUUUCGUCAGUACCACAGAAGCCUUCCGGAACAGCACCGAAGCUUUCUAUUAGCAAAAACCAGGUUGUGAUCUCAAAGGAGAUGUCUGGAAUGAAAUCAUUUGUGUUAUAGAAAUGCCAAUUUGAGGUAACAUUUGAGAGGAAUUGAACCUAGUAUAAUCCAGUCAUGUUUGGGGAUAUUUACUCUAAAAAAAAAAAAA